CCAGCUGUUAUUAUUACAGGAAGUGCCGUGAGCGGGCGGGAAAUUGAAAGUUAGAGAAUUUUACGUUAUGGAAAUCUAUAUAUCACAACUUAGUUUGCCUACGUGUACUAAAGGAAAAACACAUCUUUCACACUAGCAGAGUUAACUCUCUACAAGUUAUCUGUCAGGAUGGCGGACAGAAAUCUUGUGCAGGACCUGAAACGUUGGGCAUCAGAGGAGUUCAAUCUGCCUCCGGAUAGCUUGCCAAGUGACAGCUAUUUUAAAACGCUCUGUGUUGGGAACGGGAAGUCAAUAUGGAAAUAUGUCAUCCAACACGUUUUUCAACAGAGAAACGUGAGGAUCAUGCGUGGUAAUCUUCAGUGGUACAAGGUUCUUCAAGACAAAGAGCUGAAACAGGCUGAGGGCCAGAGUCAGGCUACAAAGCAGAAAGAGCUUCAAAGGCAGAUAGAGCAUUUGAGAGCUGAGAUCAGUCACCUGGAUUCUCAGAUCAGUGGAACAGAGGAACAGUUGGCCACACAAGAGCAGUCUAUCAGUCGUAUCUGGGCCCAGGUGGAGGACAGUCGGCGCAGAGAGCUGCUUCUGCAGGCCUUCAGGCAGCGCUGCAUCUUGGGUCGGGAGGUGCUAUCUGAUGACACACACAAGAUCAGUGGGCACUGCAAGGUACUGGAACAGAUGGCCAGAAAAGCAGAGAUUGAAGUACUGUUUGAUGACAAGUCUUCUAGCAGCAGUGAUGGUAACAUCCUCAAUUCCAAAGCCACAGCAGUGGCACAAGUCCUGCGUCAAGUGAGAGAGCUGUGUGACGACAGGGUCCGUUUCUAUCAGUCUUUACAAGAGAGUGAACUGAAAACCCAGAGCUCUGCAGCCAAACAUAUGACUCGCGAACAGAGGACUGCUGUGUUUCAGUACUGGUUGAGUGCUGUGGAGAACCUGUUGGAUGGUUAUCCUCCAAACCACAUCCUCUCAGCAUUACAGUAUUUAGCUUCAAGAGAACAGAAGGAGCUGGAGGACAAACUGGCCUCUCUAGAUGUGACUCAGGAUGUGACAGCUCUACGGUUUCGCUAUGAAAGCAAUCACUUGCAAGACCUAUCAGCAGAAGAGGAUAAUCACUUGCCACCGGUUAAGAGCCUCUUACAGGCUGCUUGGGAAGAGGUGGAGCAGAGUUGGGUGGAACUAGCCCAGACGCACUCCAGAGUUCAGCAGCUCAAAAACCAGCUGCAGGCCGACAAGAAGGAGGCUGAACAGGAAAUGUCUGUUUGUGCAGAUGAGGUCCAUAAUGAUUCCAUGGCACUCUCAGCUCUAGAGCUGGAACUCCAGUGUGUGAUGCAGGCUGCAGCCCGAGAUCACAUCAGAGACCAGUGCAUCCAACUUGACCAACACGCCAGAAGCCAACGGGAGGCGCUCGAAACCCUCCGCAGCCAGUGGCAGAGCAUCCUUGACUUUAGACAACUAGUGAUUCUCAGACAGGAGCAGAUCAGAGGUCUGAUUAAGGAGAACUCCACAGCCAAGACGGAGUUGAUCCGUCUACAUACAGAGUUACAGAAAUAUGUCCAGGGAAAGCUGGUGCCACUGUUUGAAGAUGUCACCAGUGCAGCCAGUAGCUUAAGGAACUCUAUUUCUAAGGAGGCCAGACAGUUUGGAACAAUUUCACUACUUGCUCUGGACCACAGGACUGUUGAAGGAAUGCAAAGAACCCCUGCAUCGUGGUUGUCCAUCUAUCGCUUGCAGUCCCCAACCUUCAGCAGCUUGUGUCAGAGCCUGACAUUCCCACUGUACAGGGCUCCAGAGGAGUUGUGUUCCCAGGCUCGCUUCCAGAAACUUGAGUUGCGUUUUCUCCGUCAGUUAUUACAGCUUCACUCUGCUACUAUGCAGAAAAUAGAAAAGGAUGCAGAGCAGCUGCAUGCAUCUGAUCAAAAAGCCUUGCUGUCCAGAGUCAUGGAGGAGGAUCAGAAGCUUCUGAAGUCUUUGGUACCAAGAGUCAGAGGCCUCACCCAGCGUUGUGCACAGGGUCUUUCUUAUGGGAAGCAAGUCAAAACUGCCAUCUCUUACUGGUGGGAUCAACCAGCACAGCAUGUCCUACCUGAGAUCAGUAAAGGAGGACUGACUUUUCAGCAGUGGCUACAAAGGUGGAAACUUGCUACCAAAGCCUCUUAAGGGACACCUCGUUGUUAAGUGGCAAAAUGAGCACUCUGCAGUCAAGGUUAUAUUACCAACUGGACAAAGUGAGCAACUACCCAGGAGCUGCAGUUACAGAUGUGUUAAAGGUUAGGGGUCACAAUUUGUCUGUCUGUCAUAAAACGAUAGUCCAGCACCCAUAUGAACACUGCAACAGGUUUUUCUUUCCGUUUUCAAACCUCCUGCUUAUACUGGCCCAUUAAAACAGACAUUCCUAAUGGUAUUUCAGUGGGGGAAACAAAAUGAACAGUCCUUGUGCAGAAAUACAAAGUUUAUCUACUAAUAAAGUUGUUUAAUUAAAUUACCACAAAUUCUGAGUAUUGUUUCAGCAUAGGAAGUUAGGUUGUACAGGACUUGAUGGGAAAUUGGAGGCAGUAGUGACCCCUUAAGAUACUAAUCUGAUUAAACUGUUUGGUUAUUUUUCAAACACAAAUGCCACACAUUUAUGGUUCCGGUUCCAGAAAGUUUGUGAGAAUUUAAUGUUUUUAGGUUUUAUUCUGUUGGUUGUACAAAACAAGGAAUCAGAUGAUAUCGCAUGGUACCUUAGGACAUUGUGAUGACUAUCACUUUUGUUUUAUAGAGCAAGAAAUGAAUUACGAAAAUAUCAAUUGCAGCCUUACAAGAGGUAAUGUCAUUAA